UUAUUAUUCGAAGUACCUGAUUGGAUUGGUAGCUUUUCUCGCUAUAACAAAAGUUCUUGGUCUAUAAAUUAUCAUUGUAUGUCACGACCCUUAGAUAUAAGAGGCGAAUAAUAUUCAUUCAUUGUGAGCUGAGAAGUUGUUCUCGAAUGUUCUUUAGUAAAACAUGGGUCUGCUCUGGUUAUUUUUCAUAUUUAAUUUGGCAUUGGUGCAAGCUGAGUUCGGCACACCUUACCUGAGAAAAUCUAGAUUGUGUCACCAAUGGAGUUGCAUUAAUACGAAGUUGGGUUUUCCGGAGUCUCUGCCUCCCAGAGAACAGUCUGCUGUCGUCUUGAGUAGAAUAUUACCUGAUGGAGCUUGGCGGAAUCUGACUGACCAUAUCCUGGAUGUGUGCUACGAGAAUAGGCCUCGUACAUACACCAACACGUGUCCCGGACAGGGUCUGCUGCACUGCUUGAUGUAUCAGAUGAUUGAGAAUUGUCCGGAAGAAAGUCUGCGUAAAGAUGACGUCUGUUCACCCGUGUCGUCACUUUCUGGAUUCAAUUACAUGUUCUCACAAAGUAUGUACGAAGAUUUGGAGGAGCAUUUACCUGUUGAAAUUCGUCCUGAAUGGUUUUUGAGAAAUUAUUUCAAAUCGAAGUGCUGUCAGGUGCCACCUUUAGUCAACAUGAGCACGUUGCUAGAAUGUGGCUUUUCGUCUAUACUCCAAAUCUACACGCAUGGCCCGCGGUAUGCGCAUGAGAAGCAACUGCAUAAACUACCCGUCGCUGUUGCCACAACGUCAACCCCUAAAUCGGAUUCCAUAAACGUUGUACGUCUGCCGGAAGUACAAACUCCUGAUGUGGAUAUUACAAAUCUGGAUCCCCUAGACUGCUGCGACAUGUCGGAGUUCAUCCAGCCUUCGUGGAGGACACAAUGCAACUUCCGUUUAAAUUGGGACAACAGAAAUCGGCUAAGUAUCGACAUUAGCCACGGCGCCGCCACCACGCAGACCCCCGUUCCCACAACCAAACCCAAAGCACUAAGAGAUUUUAUGGUCGUUCCUCAAAGUUGCGACAAGACGACGUGCGUCUUUAAGAAAUUGAAUAUCGUCUCCGAUAAAGGUGUAGUUGACGUUAAAAGUUUUAUAAAGCUAUUGGAUAAAUUCACGAAUUCUUACCCGGUUUGGAACAGCGCUAAGGCGAGGGUCAUCACGACUUGUCUUAGGAAAUCGCUGAUAGCCUACGACGGAGGCUGCGAGCUUAAUAAUAUCUUGGCUUGCACGUUCGAUGUCCUAUCUGAGAAUUGUCCUUUGAAUGGCAACAACCAAACCUGCAAGCACAGCUCAAGAAAGGACACCGUUUGCCAAAUUAGUUCGUCGAAAUAUCGUCCGAAGCAUAGACGGGAUCCAUGCUCCACUAUCCCGGAGCUCGUGAACACGGAUAUUUUAACAGAAUGUAAUAUUUCCGCGUUGAGUCGUAUCGAAUUUGCUCCCGAAACACCCAUUAAGAUAAAGAAAUAUGGUUUAGAUAUCUCUAAAUAUAAGUGCAAAGGUCAAUCCGUAUCAGCUACGUGUCUAAUGGACAAAAUGGAAGUCCUAAAUAAAUACACGUUCAUGGAUUAUUUCAAGAUGAAAGACAAGAUCCGUAAGUUCACAGCGACCCAACCGCUUUGGACGAUCUACAAUGACGGCUACCUUAGCGCUUUCACGAAUAUGCCGAUGUAUAAAGAGUAUUGUAGCUCACCGAAGAAGUUGUUGAACGUUGUCGAUGCUAUGCUCAUGACUUGUCCCGAAUCAAGAAGACAGAACACGCAGCAAUGCCGAAAAUUGUUUACGGAGCUCACGAACUCUAUUCCAGCUAAUAAACAGAAUUUAACCGAAGAAAUGGUGAAUCAUUUUCAUCGUAUUUUCCUGGCUAACGUUUCUUCGCCAAAGACAGGUCACCCGAAACGUCGCAUCCAUCUUAAGCAACACAAAAAUAAUCCUUUGUACUAUGCGAUAUUGAACACAAAGGAGGCACCGCGAGUCGCAUUACUCGAUAUACCAAGAACGAGCGUCAGAGAACCGUUAAUAAUAAAGCCGGUUUACUUGAGACAGAAAAAUCAGAAUACCAUUGCGACGCCGUACAUCAGUGAUAACAUUUUAAGAAGCUCACCGUUUUGGUUACACGAACAAAUCGCGGCGGCUCAUUCCAAUUCUACAACUCCGGUCAGUGUUGCUAGGAUUGUGCUGAAUUCUACCGACAAGAUACCGAAUUUGAGUCCGAAUUCCAAUGUUGAGUUGGUAACACCGUAAUAUAUAUAACCUAUAAAUUUCGAAUGGAAAUAUAUCCGUUUAGUUUGGGACGUGUAAAGACGUGAAUAAAGUUCGAGAUGGGAAAAUCUAAUAAUAUAAUAUCAAAUUAAAAUCAUGUAUAUCUACUUAAAUACUAUUAUAAGGUACUCUAAGAUCGGUUCCAAAAAGGAUUCGUAGUUUUAAAAAGAACUGAGUAAAGAAUGCGAAUUGAAAAGCCUUAUGUUUUAAAGUUAUCGUGCUAAGAAAUGUUAUGUCUACCAUCUAUGUUUUCGAUAUAAGGAAAUACAUCCUGUGGUGUAAUUCGUUUAACAAAGAAAUAAAGUUUUAAAAAUUAA